ACCAUUCAACGUUCUUCAGCAAGGGGUUGAAGUUGCCUCAGUGGAGGUUUUCAGUUCAGGAAAAGUGGAAAUUAUUCCCUAUAUAGUGAGUGAGUUAGUGAACUUUCUUGUACAAAGAGUGAGAAGAAGUGCAGUGGUGCCUGUUGCUUUGCUAGUGAUGCGUUGAUGAACGUUGAUGAUUUCCUCGGGCGCAAGUACAUCCAUGUGUGGCUGGAAGCAUAUUGUUACUGAAAAGAUCUAACGGGCUGGAAAAAUGGCUCACUCAAGGAUUAAUAAUGUGAUACAUCUCUCUUUUUGGUAAAAACAGAGCAGUACUUGUGAAGUGGUCGGAAACAGCCGGAAAAAGUAGGAGUUUAUCACAAAAAGGACUGUUUGGAAAGUAGUGAAAGUGAAACGGUUUUACUGUAGUUUUUCCAACAGUGUGAAAUGCUUGGUGGAAUAAAUUUAAAUUCGAGCAUGGGAAGAGGUACCGGUUGCGUCAGUGAGAAUGUUGAUUGCAUUAUUGUUGACAUUAUAAAUUAAUUCAGAGUCGAGUUCAGCCGUCAAAAUUGUUCGCGGAUAAAAAGAAGGGCCAAGCUACACCUCACAGCAAUGCAUGCAAACACUAGCUCUACGUCUAUGACGACAACAAAUGCCUGGCGGUCGAGUUCCUAGAUCAACAGUUGAAGCAUUUCGGAGUUCAUCGUGCAAAAGAUAACGAACGUUCCAACAAACCGACCCUCAACCCAAGAUUCAGAGAGACAGGAUUAGUGCCCGAGUUUGGAAAACUCACAUCUCCAUUGCGGAACUACUGAGUUCUUCAUUUCCUUGUCCGGCCGAAACGAAUACACCGAUUAGAUUUAACUGCGUGGGCCAACGCGAUAGAGCACAUCUCUGCCCGGAAAGGCUUUCGGUUUUUGUUCAACUGGCACUACGGCAACGGUAAACGCGUAGCAAUGAAAGGUGUGCUGAUACUGUGUUUUCACGUGAUGGUGCUCAGCUUUCAGGCAAAGGCAUGGCAAGCCGUACGGAAUCCGUUUGAGUUCAGCAAACCACCGGAGAAGUUUCACCAAGUGGCAGAUUGCAUGCACGUGACAUCCGAGGAGGGUGAGUUUUUCUUCAAGCGCACGGCUCCAAUCGUCGCAACGCCCCAGCAUGGCCGAUUGGUGGAUGUUAUGAGCAUGGCACCCGUUAUGGAAGUGUGUGGCAUAUACUUUGUCACCGAUCCGGACAAGCUGGUGGAAGUCACCGUCAAGAGGAUGGAUAUCAAUUGCGACACGGGUGGCCUGAUGUCCUUCGUCGACGGUUGGGAACUGAAUGGGAUGUACUUUCCCACCGAGUACGAUCACCCGAAGAGCAUGGACCAACGGAUCAACGAGUUCUGCAACGAUCCCAAGAUGUGGCCGUUUAGUCCGGUGCGGAAGGCGUUCCGGUCCAGUCAGAAUGCAGCCCUGGUGCAGUAUCGAAUACCGAUUAGUGGCUCGUUUACGGUAUCGGUGCGGUAUUUGCACAAUCCCGAUCCUUGCAAUAUAAUGGCGGAAGGUGUUGCACCGUAUUAUACCCUUCGGAAUCGUGGUGCGUUUAGGAAUUGCUCAUUGACGGCUGUUUUCCCUGCGGUGAUGUCGGUCGUAGGCGUUGACGUUGGUGGGCGGAAGGAUGGCGUCAAUUAUGAUUGCGAUCGACCAGACGCCGUGGACCGGCUUGAAAUCGGAGGUUCCUCCGGUCUGGACUCCGCCAACAUGGACAAAUCGAGCACCAUCUGUGGCAAAAGCAUGGAACCGGGUCCGGAGCAGGGAAUCUUCUGCGGCACAAGCACAGCUCGAUUAAUUUCCAGCGGAAGACACGCAAAUCAGGCACUGGUUUCAGUUCGAUUAGCUGAGGAAAACGACAUCACUUUGGCAACUGUUUUGUGUGACAUGAGACGGAAGAAGAAGUAAUAAGUCACUUGCAGUCAAGAUUUUUUUGGUUUCGUCAAAGGGACCGUACCAUGUUCCAAAGAUCGUCGUCACCAGUGACGGAAGUGUAAAAUAUUUUAAGUAGUGAAGUAGAUCUGUUCCUUUGGUUGUAAUUGAAAAUAAUAAUCUAUGGCAGUUUUGCGACCCUCUGAAAUGGAAACGGCAAUCCUCUUGGGAAUGCAUUACAUUCUAGUCAUUUACUUGCUUCCGUUAGUGAUAAUGAACACAGUCCUGAUUCGGAUGAAAAGAAAGGGAAAAGAGCUAAAAACCAAACAAGAGCCGAUAUUUAUUUGAAGCACAAAAUAGAGUCACUCAUCACAAAGCUAGAAUAAGGCACUAAAUGCAACCAUAAUAAAACCAUAAAGCUGUAGAGAAAGAGAGCAACAAUGAAAAUAUAAAUUUUAGUGUACCACUUUGA